CUAGACAGAGUAAAUCUAAACAAAUUGAAGCCAUCAGUAUGUGUGGAGGAGAAAGAAAGAGGUCUUUUUUUGUCAAAAAAGCAAUGGAGGAGAACAACAUGAUCCAUCAAUUGAUUAUAACAUAUGGUCACUCUGUAGUCUGUAAGUCAAUAGAGAGAAAUGGAAGAGACAGACCAUGUUCAUAGUCCCCUCAAAUUGCUCAAAGAACUAUCAGCGGGAGCAACAGGUCAGGAGCUCGACGCCCGAACUCUUCAAGGUCUUCAGGUCGCACAGGCUCGCAAGGGCUAUUUUCUCUGUACUUUCAUCGUACCCGAUCUCACAUCUGAUGAGAAUGGAAACUGGCACGGCGGAGCUAUAGCUACCUUAAUCGAGGUUGUUGGUGCCGCUGCCGUGAACUCCUUAGCAGGCCACUUCAACUUAACCGUUGAUUUCAGUGUUUCGUAUUAUUCGACGGUCAAGAUUCAUGAACAAGUAGAGAUAGAGGCAAAGAUUGCAGGGAACAAAGGGAAGCUGACUGCAGUGGUGGUGGAGGUUAGAAGACAAGAUAGCAGAGAGCUUGUUGCUUUGGUAAACAAUGGAUGACCUCCAACAUUGCUGUAAAUGUAGGUCAAGCAAGUAAACUAUGAGACCAAGAUGGAUAAGACUUCCAUUACUGCAAAUAAUUCAUUCUAUCUAUUCUUGAAUGCUGUAAUGCUUGUUCUGGAAGACAUUGAAGAUCGGAGAAUAAAAAGUUAGAGAACUGUCCAA